AUGAAAACGCCCGAAUUCAGUCUAGACUCGCUAAAGAAAAAGCGAAAGAAAAGGAAGAAAAAGUUGGACUACGAAAAACUGAGUGCACACUAUUUCUUGAAGCUGCCCAUUUUUAUCGUCCUCAUGAUUGCAUUCUUCCUCAAUGCCUUUAUAUACAUAUGCAUAAGGUUCUGUAUUUUUUUUUGCGAGAAUGUGUCCUUUUUCCUCAUAACAAAGUACACUGAUUUUUGUAGAUGCUUGAGGAAGGGGCCAUGUGGUGAGGCAAGAGGGGACGCAAGAGGGGACGCAAGAGGGGACGCAAGAAGGGAGGCAAGAGGGGACGCAAAAAGAGAGGCAAGGGACUGCAAAGGAAGAGAAAGAACCCAUGAUAAUAUGUACGGUCCACAAACGAUGCAUAAGGCAGAAGAAAGCAUUUUUAAGAUAGAUAGACUGAUGCGGUCAUGCAGUAGUUACAAAGAGUAUAUAAAAUAUGCAUACCGAAUGGAUGAGCUGACUGGGAAGACUGUACACAUAAAUGAAAAUGAUGAUUAUAUAAACACUUAUGAUGUAAAUUUACUAAAAAAAACAAGUCAGAGAAUAAAAAAGAAUUUGAAAAACAGUGAUGUGUUGAAGUUAUUGGAAGAUAUAAAAGUAGCUACGUCACCAACUAUUAAGGCAAUUUUUAAGGAAAAAUAUUAUUGCAAAACUUAUUCAACUCCACAUAUUAUAGUGACUGAUUUUAUAACACAUGUGAUGGAUGGGCUAGAAUUUGUGGAUCGUUAUGUACAUGAACAGAAGGAAACGAAUUUGAGUUACAUUUUUUCUGAUGAAUAUUUAUUGAUUAAGAGAAUUUUUAAGGAUGUUUUUCGGCAGUGGGGAAAUACUGCCUUGUUCCUCAGUGGAGGUGCCAUUCUGGGUCUCCAUCACUUUGGCGUAUUGGAGGUUUUUUUAAAAUCCUCGAUUAAUGUAAACUACUUUGAGGAGUGCUCAUCUUGGGGGGGACAACCCACUCGAGAGAGUGAGUCUGCAAAGGAGAGAAAAUCUAGUCGCUUUGGUCAGCCGAAGAGUCAGGAGAGUGCACACAUUCGGGAAGAGUGCAAAGCGGGGGGGGUCUCUAAAGAUAAAGGCACCCAUGCGGAAAGGGUAGGACGUAGCACAAAAGGAGGACAGCCCCUCGUAGGGAGGAACCUCACCCCAGGUGCUAAGCCACCCAAAGGGAAGGAUGCAAAGGUGAACAGAAAUGAAGAAAAAGGAAAGACGAGCAAAGUAGACCUAAUUAAGAAAUUUCUUUUUAGUCGCAAUCGACUUGGCAAUAAUUCGGGAUACACCCCUGUGGGGGGGCCUCCUCGUAGCGGAAAGGCUUCCAACAAUCCCGUCAGCGAGGGGAGCUCGGGUGAGUUUUCCUUCAGCACGAGUAACUCCUCGUUGAGCGAGCUGGGCUUGGGCUCGGUGUGCGAUGAAACGGUGGGAAGUGAUGAACGGGAUGGGAGUGAUGAGCGGGAUGGAAGUGAUGAGCGGGAUGGAAGCGAAAAAGAUUUCGUGCCAAACGUCGAAGACAACGUCCUGCCGCAAAUCAUAUGCGGGACAUCUGCAGGGAGCAUCGUCGCAGCAUGGGUGUGCACUAGAACGAAUAAAGAGUUGUUACAAGAGUUCAACAUCGAAUUCAUUUAUCAAAUCGUUUCUUGUUUUUCCUCCGAAAAUUGGCUGUACUCUUUUUUUAACAUUUACAGAAAGGGUAACUUUUACGACAUCGAUAAAAUUGUGAAACUUAUUCAUAACCUCUAUGGUGAUAUGACCUUUUUGGAGGCUUUCAUUAAAACGAAUUUGGUUUUAAAUAUAACUGUGACUAGAGCCGAGUCAGGAAAUACGAAUUUUUCAUGUGAUGAGGAUGGACAUAUGGUCUUAAAUUAUAUGAAUAGUCCCAAUCCAUUUAAAUUAUUGGAGAAAAAAUACAACAGGGAGAACGUGCAUAGGUUCAUAUCCCUUAAGGAGGUGAGUAAUGCCAAGUUUAUUCUCAAUAGCAAUAGUGCGUUUAACCAGCGGGGCCAUUUGAGGGAGACGGAGCGCGGGCCCAGCGGGGUCAGCAUGGCCAGUGCGGUCAGUGCGGUCAGUGCGGUUAGUGCAGUCAGCGCUACUGGAGAUGUUGGGGAAGCGAGUGUAAAGAGCGAUUCGGACCACUCGGACGAUUCGAGCGAUUUGGGCAAUUCGAGCGAUUCGAGCGAUUUGCGCGAUUCGAACAACCCGAACGAUCCGAGCGAGCUGUCCGAAAGCGCGACGCAGUCCGAUCUAACAAGCAGCGGACUCCCCAAGGAUGCACACCGCGCAGCGCAGAAGAAGCACGUCCAUGUGCGCGAGAAGGUUAACUCCGUGAGCGCAACGACGGAUGUGAGCAUGAAGGAUGAAGCGGAUCCUGGGAAAAGCAGUUUUGAUAAGGGUACUACCCCCUCGAGGGGGCGCCUCAAAUUGAGCUCGGCGAGGUGCUCAGAUGACCCAAAAGGGGGGAAGAAGAGGAAGGGCAAAGGGAUGGUCCUUCCUGGCGCGAGUGGCGCGAGUGGCCUGAGUGGCACUACUGGUACGAGUGGCGCUACUGGCACGAGUGGCUCGACCGUCGCUGCAGUCGCUGCAGUCGCUGUGGUCUCUGCCAGUCGAGUGGACACCUCGGAGCGCAGGGCUAAGAGCAAAUACGGAACGGUCAAAGGAAGCAGCACGCCGGCUGGGAAACGCCAAAUUAGAGUAGACGAACAGGAAGACCAUUCGCAAGGAGAUCAGCCAAAGAACAAAGCAAGCGAGUGCAUCGACCCUAAUGAGUACAAAAACAUAAACCUUUUGGACGAGGAAUACACCAUUAUAAACAGCGUGCAGUUCAAGAAUACCUACUUUCAUGAUGGAUCUUUGAAGAGCGACAUUCCAGCUCAUAAUUUGAAUCAGAUUUUAUCGGUGAAGUACAAAAUCGUUUCGCAGGUGAAUCCCCAUGUGUUCCCUUUCACAGGGGUUAGGGUUCACGGGGAAGCAGGCAAGCCUGUAAAAUGGAGAGGCAACUCUGGCCACUGGAGGGCUGGGUUUUUAAUGUCCUCUAUGGAAAUAUUAUUUAAAGAAAACAUGCGGUACAUUUUGAGGCUGAUGGCGUUGCUGGACUUGUCUCCCACUAUCCGGGGUCUGAACGCGGGCUCCAUCGCGAUGCAGAACUACAACGGAGAUAUCACCCUGCACCCGAAGCGCCUCUACCUCAGGCACUUCAAAUUGAUCAGUGUGUCAAACUACGACGACGUGGAGUGGUACAUACAGCAGGGUAGACAAAUGACCUUCCAGAAGCUCCCCCUCAUUUUAAACAGAAUGAAAAUAGAGAAGAAAUUGAUCAAGAUGAAGAAGUCGUUCUUUUGA